AUGGCAGCUGUGCAGACUUAUGGUCGUAAGAAAACUGCGACCGCAGUCGCUCAUUGUAAACCUGGUAAUGGUCUUAUAAAGAUAAACGGUUCCCCAAUCCAUUUAGUAGAACCCGAAAUUCUUCGUUUCAAAGUUUACGAACCAAUUCUCUUAUUGGGCCAAGAUAAAUUCGCGGAUGUCGAUAUUAGAGUCCGUGUUAAAGGUGGUGGUCAUACCUCACAGAUUUAUGCUAUUCGUCAAGCAAUUGCGAAAGCCAUUGUAGCCUAUUACCAGAAAUACGUUGAUGAGGCCAAGAAAAAAGAAAUCAAGGAGAUUCUUAUCAAUUAUGAUAGAACUUUGCUAGUUGCUGAUCCUCGUCGUUGUGAGCCAAAGAAAUUUGGUGGUGUUGGUGCUCGUGCACGGUAUGACAUUUUGAUGCAACUUUGUUUUAAUAGUGUCCUUCGUAUCAAUUGA